AAUGUUUAAGACUAACAAAGUCUAAAGUCUUUAAACAUUUUUAGCCUUGUUUGAAAAUUUUGUUGUAAAUAUGAAACGAAUUUCAUGGGCAUCUGCGUUUGUGUCGUCUAUAUAUGUAGGUGAAUUUGAUAGAUUUUCUGUCUUGAUAUUCAGGUGCUCUUGAAAUUUUUUGAGCGUGUGUUUGAAGGGUCUUGAAAGAAUUACUUCUGACGGAGAUUAAGAGUGCUUUGCAAUUCUGCCAAGUACUUCGAACACUGAAUCUUGUCAGUUAUGUACAAAUAAAAGGCUAAAACAGUACACAACCGAGCAGAACACACGCCCCGCUCACACCCUUCUCCCUCCCGCUGAAGAAAGCAGAAAUACAAGGGUUCCAUUACGCAUUAGUGCGUGAGUGCGAAAUAUAAUUUUUCAGGAAUUAAACAUACAUAUAUUUUCCAAAAGUGAUCAUUUGUUGCUUGCUAAUACAUUCCUUGGUGAAUUCUGACGAAGAUCAGGUAACAAACUGAGUUGUUUUUCCUCGUCACAAGGGUCCCCGUUCCAAAUUUUGGCCGCGCGGAAACUGAAGCGGAACUUUAUGAAUUGCGUGACAAGGACUAAAAACCACAAAAUAAGGGGAAAUGAAAAACCGGUAAAAUGCGGCAACCAGUAUCUGGUUGCCGCUUUGGGUAUAAGCUGUUCUUUUUAAACAGUUGCACAGUGUGAACGACUGAUGUGUGAGUCUAAUAUGGAUAUAAACGGUUCUUUUGAAACUGCAAUUUAACUCACGCUCCUCCUCUCCGCUCUGAUGGUCACGCAAUUUCCGCGUAUUCGAUUCCCUACGUCACCAGUCCAGGAGUGCCGCAUUUCGAAAUUCUGCCUGCCUUGCUGAAGGUAACUGAAAGAUGGAUCCAAGCAGCUUUGAAAAUAUCAGGCGUGCCGUGAAGGAGCGAAACUUCAAGAACGAGAAGUUAGACGCGUUGAAGUCGACCCUCGCCUGUUCUUAUGGAAAUCUAUCUGCCGAGCAAGUCGCUCAACUUCUUCCCGAGUUUUCCUUUGAUGGUGACAAAGAAAAAGCUGUCGAGGUUUGUGCUCCGCGGAUGUACAGCAUGACAUGCGAGCAAGCGGCGACCAUAUUGCGAGGUUUCUCGUUCGAUAAAUCGAAAAUAAAAGCCUUGGAAGUUAUUGCUUACCAUAUCACUGACAAUAACUUGGGCGCUUUGGAUAGCGCGCUCAGGUUUGCAAGGGACAGGAAUCGAGCCAGAGAAAUACUGAUGAAUCGAUCGCAACCAGGACCAGGGGUUUACCCGGGUGCUGGACCUCCGCCCGGGGGUUUCCCUGGGAUGGUUCCCCAAGCCGGAGGUUACCCCUCACCAGCACCGUAUCCAGGACCGUCACCUUACCCGGGACAAAGCCCUUAUCCUGGAGCAGGACCAUACGGGGGGAUGUGUCCUCCAGGACAGCCCCCCUAUGCACCAGCAGGCCAAGGGAAGGCCCCGCCACAGUAUCCUACUGAUACAAUGCCACCUUCCACAAGUCAGUUUCCUGGUGGUGCUAUGGGUGCAAUGCAGGGGAUGAUGGAUGCUACAGCUGGUGCAAUGAUGAAGGGAAUGAGUGAUAUGUUUGGACCUGCCCCACAUCAGGGCCAGCACUAUCCACCACAAGGGGGAUACUAUCCACCGCCAGGAGGUUAUCCCUAGUCGGGGUAUCCAUAUCAACCCCUAAAUAGCUUACUGCUUUUGAUGAGGAAUAUUCUACACAUCAUUAUUUGUAGUUUAGAGUUCAUGAAGAAUCACUACAGUUUACUAUGAAUCUUAACAUGAUUUGGAACUGACUAGGAGUAGAUAGAUAGAUAAUCUUUAUUUCAACAUGGUUAAAAAUUUGUCAGCUAAAUAAAACUACUAAUAGCUGAGUAGCCCUAUUAAGGGACUGCAGAGACCAUUUUAAGUGGAAGGACUAAAAAAUUUGGGCAAGCAUUAGGGUUCUGCCAUUUAUCAUGUAUCUACAUGUCAUCAUAUUUGCAACCUCGAUAUAACAAAAAACUGGGAGGGCUUAAGCCCUACCAGCCCUGGUCCCCCUCUGUGGUCCCUGCUUUUGUGGUGAUUUCCUUGCAAAAUGGGACACUUGAAAAAAAUGCUAAGAAUAAAUAAGUCAUAUAAUUUUGUAUAAACCAUUAUGUUAGAAACAGGCAAAAAAUGUAAAAUAAUAUUUCCUGAUCAGAGAAUAAAAAAAUGGAUUUUAAAAA